AUGGAUAAGGACAACAGCAGCAGCAACAACAAACGUCAGCGGACGUCCUUCUACGCAAAUAAAACCAUCCUCGCGCCGAUGGUCAGAGUGGGCGCGCUGCCGAUGCGCCUGUUGGCGCUUCGCUUCGGCGCCGACCUCGUCUACACCGAGGAGAUUAUCGACUUCAAGUUGCUCGGGGCGAGGCGCUUCGUCAAUGAGGAGCUCGGCACGGUCGACUAUAUUGAUGCCUCGGGAGCAGUUUUCUUUCGGACCUGCGAGGAGGAGAAGGACCGGGUCGUUUUGCAGAUCGGAACUAAUAGCCCGGAACGGGCGGUCAGAGCGGCAAAGAUUGUAGAAGAGGACGUGGCGGCAAUCGACAUCAACAUGGGCUGUCCCAAGUCGUUCAGUCUGAAGGGCGGCAUGGGCGCAGCGUUGCUUUCCAAACCAGAACUCAUUCAGCAGAUUCUCUGCAGUCUGAAGGCAGCCCUUAGGAAGCCGGUGUCCUGCAAGAUACGCAUCCUUCCUGAUCUCAACGCCACCGUCGAGCUGGCCAAGCUGAUCGAGCAGACGGGCGUUGACGCACUGGGCGUUCAUGGCCGCACCAAGGAGGAACGACCGCAGCACCCAAAUCGAACCGACUACAUUCGAGCGGUGGUCGAUGCCGUGGACUCCAUUCCUGUCAUUGCCAAUGGAGGCAGCUCUGAGAUUGACUGCUUCGACGAUAUAGCCAAGUUCAAGGCGGCCACUGGCGCUUCAUCGGUGAUGAUCGCCAGGGCGGCACAGAACAACUGCUCCAUUUUUGCCAAAGGUUCAAAUGGUGGUGGCAAGAAAGAAGACCUCGACAGUGUCAUCAAGCAGUACCUUAGGCUAGCAAUUGACUUUGACAACAAUGCCAUCAAUACAAAGUACUGUUUGACGCGGAUGCUCGGCUCUCUGCAGGUAUCCGAACUAGGGAGGGCCGUUUUGGAUUCCUUCACCCUGGAGUCAUUUGCUGCGGCGUUUAACUUACAAGACUACUACACUGAGGCGAUGGCCAAGCGAAAAGCCAAAAAGGCCUCAGCAGUAAAUGAACCUGAGUUGUCUAAUAACAACACAAAAGAAAACAACACCACAACCACCUCCGCCUCCUCAACCGCAGAGAACAUCAUCACACUGCCGGUGAGCUUUGACCAGAACCUCUUUGUGAGCACGAGCAGCCCACUUCCCAAAACGAUCCUCAACGAGCACUUCAAUAAGAGCGGCAAAAAGACCUCCUCCCCGCUCACCUUUCGCACGGUCCAAGUGGCAAAGCAGUUCCACUCUGUUGUCAGCCAAGGUGGCAAGCACUACUCGACGCCGUACCUCGAGAAGACGAAGCGACUGGCGGAACAGGCGGCAGCCCUGGUGCUGCUCCUCUCACUGGGCCUCUUCAGCGACACCAAAAUCAUCAACCGGUGUCUGGUCACGACGCAGAACGUCGUCCAUGCACUGCAGCACGUCGAAAACGGCCAAACAUAUUACAUCAAAGUCAACAAGUAA